AUGAUAAGAGCAGGACAUGUAGGGAGAUGGAGAAGAGCGAUAUGGAACCGUGGUAAACUUGCCGAGCUGGAUUCUGAAUGGUACUUUCCAGAAGACACUGAAUGGGACGAGAAGGGACGGACCAUGAUCUCUCACAUCUACGUUUCUUAUGACAAAACCAUAACAUCUAUUCAGUUUGGCUACUAUGAAAACGAAGCUCUAGUCCUGUCUGAAAAGUAUGGUCCCCCUCACAUCCCUGGUAACUUUUCAAUGGAGUUUGUGACGGUGAAACUGGUUCAAGAUGAGUAUGUGACUGGAUUGAGUGGAAAUCAAAGAUUUUUAGAAGGAAUCAGUAAUUUGACUUUUCACACUAACCUUGGGAAGCACGGACCCAUUGGAAAGUUCAAGGAUAACUAUCCAAAUAGUUUCAAUGUUUUUGAUCCAGAAAUACGUGAUCAACGUGGGUUUGGGGGUUUCUUUGGGUCUUACAAUUCAUACGGUCUAUCAUCUAUUGGUAUCUAUGCUAAUCCCACUGCAAGUUCCGAGACCGUGAAAACAUUUGACUAA